AUGAGUAAGCAGCUUGAGCUGUGGCUGAGCAAGCUUGAGCUUGCCAUGAGCCGACGUGAGCCAGCCCAACAUGAGCCAGCAGGGUCUGAAAUUGGGCCCCAAUCAGCUCGUAGGGAUGUGAGGUGUCAAAGGCUGACUGGUCCCAUUUUCGGGCCACAAUCUUCCGUGGCUCAGCCCUUUGACCCCUGCACCGGCAACACUUUCCUUUUAUCCACAGUCCUCAAGACGAUUCAUAUAAUCAAAUACACAUAUUCAGUGACUGGUACUGACCCACUAUUCAGUCAAACGGAUGAAACAGACUUCAAAGAUUCUGAAUAUCUAACUUUAUCCACAUCUCGAGUUGCAGAGUUGCAGAGACUCUGCAUCAAUAGACUAUCAGCUUACCGAACCAUUGCAGAUUCUCAGAUGCUUGGACGAGGAUCGAUAGGGGGACAUAGAACAAAACAUCACCAUGAAGGAGGAGCGUCUCAUAGACUGACGAAUAGCUUGACAGAGCACCCCCAAACGAGCCGGAGGUACGCAUUACCGGCGAUCCGCCGUCGUCUCAAAGCCAGGUUCAAGGAGUUACAAGCCCUUGGUGACGCAUCUAGUAACGAGCUGGCGAUAUCCGAUUGGAGAACGAAGCAGCCAUGGAGAGACAGUUUGACCAUACUGAGGGAGGCUCGAGUCAAAUCGUGCUCACCGGGAGGAGAACCCGCGAGACAUCGUUCUGUCAAGCGCCUCCUGCUGCCUGAAUUCAUGGUAUAUACAGCUAGUGUCAGCGGGCCUUCAGAGCGUGACCUGAUGGUGGAACAACAGCGUCAUCUGCGCAAGCUGAAUGGACACAAGAGUCCUGGUAUCCCUGUGAUGGCUCAUCAUUUGGCGUCACAGCAGACCGAAGACCUAAUAACAAGUCGUAGGGGUGAUGCACCGGUGGCAUCCGCGUGGUACAAUGAGUUACUGCCUGGUGGCUAUGACUGGGUAGCUCGACAUUCAUGCGAGCAUGCUGUGAUGGAGGUCGCAUCGGCUACCACCUCUUCCGCAUCGCCUUCAAUAGGUUGGAUGGCAGCGAUGACAAAACGGUUUGAACCACCCGCCGACGACUUCGCUGGUCAGGUGCUGGAGUUGGUUAGCUGA